AAAGCUGCACGAUGUAGAAGCUGGCGUAAUUGCUCAUCCUGGCCUCUGCUAGAGGACCACUGGCUGCACUGUGGUCGUUGGUUCGAAACAGACUCCGGCUGAUUUGUAUGCGGCUUUAAGUCAGGCGGUUUGCCAGGUGAGAUUGGCAUCUACCUGGACGCGUAUGACGCCACACCCGUCAAGCCACAUGACUGGGGUUCACACCAUUUCUUCAUGGUUAAUGUCAUGGAUAAACUGUACGAGUAUCUACAAAGCGUUCACCUGUUCGCCAUCAAAGGCGGCCUAGAAAAGAAAAACGUCCUGAGACAUGUCAUACUGGAGAGGUUUGAGAAAGGCAUUGUCCUGGCCGUGUCGUUUGACAACGUGGAGGCGCUGGAGAAGACAUGGAAGCUUCACAAUGACGAUAAAUUAUCCGAAGCCUUCCAAGACAUCGUGGUGACGUCAACGACCCUUGACCUCUGCCAGGCCAAGGUCAUUUCUUUGCGCGCGAAACUGUGGGAAGACGAAUACACACCGUGCAAAAGAGAAACUGCGUCCCGAUCGAAUAGCGUAGUCAGCAUAGAAAGCCAAGAAAAGGACAUGGCGAUGUUGAAACACGUGCGAAAUUUCCAGCGGACGAGAAUACGCGAGAUUGUUAGUGAGAUGCGAGAUGACGAAGCGGCCAUUGAGAGAGGCCUGGGUGAAUUUGUUCUGGCAGUGAAGACAGCUUUGCCCACCUUUGUGACAACCAUUCCGACGCUGAAGGACUUUCUUAGUCACGUCAGGGCGGCGCGCAAGAAGAAAGACGCAAAUGUGACGUUGCUCGACAGAUUCAUCGCCAUCGUUGAGAGGCAGCGCGCCAUCUUUGACGAAGUCCAACGCAACAUCGCCCAUCCUCUCGCGCAGGUUCACGCUUACUGUGAGAAAGACAAACAGAGGCGUUUGAAAGAACAGAUCAGACUUAGCUGCGUUGAUAUGAGACAGAAACUGAGAAUGGAUAAUAACCUUACAACUGUGAAGCACGCAGACUGGAAGGCCAAAAUUUUACCGCGAGAGGAGGAUUUGUUUUUGGGCGCUAUUAGUCUCGUACCGAUGGGCCUUGAGAAGCUCCUGGACAUUGACCAUAACGUUGACGAGUACAUUGCCGAAUAUCCCGUCAAUAUACAAUGAACUCAACGUUGAGAAGUUCAUUGCUGAACACCACGUCAUUAUACUGUGAUAACAACGUUGACAGAUACAUCGCGGAAUACAACGUCAACAUACUGUGAUAACAACGUUGACGGGUACAUUGCUAAAUACCGUCAAGAAACUGAUCACAGCGUUAACGGGUAGGCUAAACUGCUGAAUACCUCGUCAAAAUACUGUGAUCACAACGUUGACCAAUACUUUGGCGAACCCCAUGAUAAGGUUGACGGCUAAAUUGAUUAAAAUAUGAUUAACUUCGAAUUCUAAAGCUGAGAUUUUAUGACUAGGGAAACUCUUCGGUUUUGUCUUCGUUUUGACCUUUUCUAAAAUGGCUAAGAAUGUAUCAAACUCCAUUUCGUCAGGUCCAAGAAAAUUACAUGGGAUUCAUAAUA